AUGGAUGACCAAAGCUCUGGAUCGGUCAGAAUCGAGAAGCUGACCGCAUCUAACUUUUACAUCUGGAAGCAGAAAAUCCAGCUACUGCUUGCUCUCCGAGAUGUCGAUCAAUACGUUUUAGAUGAUAUCCCGGAGAAUGCGACGUCAGAUGACCGGAGAAAAUGGAUCCGUGGUGACGCAAAAGCAAAGGCAGUCAUCGGACUCACGCUUUCUGAUGACUACUUGCACCAUGUGCGAGAGUGUAGCAGUGCGAAAGAGACAUGGGAAGCAAUUCUGAAUGUGUUUGAGCGUCAUACUUUGCUCAACAAACUUGCCGCGCGUCGCGACUUUCACACGGUAUCCAUGCUCCCAUCCGAGAAAGUGCUCGUGUUCAUCAAUCGUGUGAAGCAACUUGCUGCCAGAUUGCAGUCAAUGAGUGUUGAGAUUGACGAUAAAGAAAUUGCAAUGGCUGUGUUGAAUGGCUUGCCUCCACGAUUCGAUAACCUGAUUGUUGCUCUUGACGCACUUGGCAAUGAAGAUAAAGUGUUUGGACUCGAGUUUGUGAAGAGUCGUCUGCUGCAAGAAGAACAACGAGAAAGCAUGAAGACCGCUUCUGCUUCAUCACCACAUGCACCUGCACUUGUCAAUCAUGGGUUUCGGUCACGCAACACUGCCUUGAAGCCAAGUGCAUUCGUUUCUCGAAAUGACAAUUCUACUGCUGCCUUUGCAGAGAGUAACUUUACUUGCUUGCUUUCGACUUCCACUCCAGAAAAGAGGGCUGCAAACGCAAGGUCAUGGCUUGUCGAUUCCGGUUGCAGCGCUCACAUUACGUUUGAUCGCUCUUUGUUCGUUACGUAUGAACAGAUGCAAUCUGGAUCAGUCGAGAUGGGCACGAAGGCUAGAGCUAAUGUCGCUGGACCAACUGUAGUUGCCACAGCGAGUCAAGUUGGGGAUUUGUACAUACUUGACGUCAUGAAUGAAACCUUUUCUUCUCACGUAGUUACCAUGCAGACGCUACAUGAACGCAUGGCCCAUGUUAAUGUACAAGGAAUCGCAUCAAUGAUUCACAAUAAUGUGGUAAGUGGCAUCAACUCUGACAAUCACUCUCCCAUUUGUCCUGCGUGUGUGUUUGGCAAAGCAACGCGAUCAGUAAUCCCAAAACAGCGAUCAUCGUCUCGAGCACAGAACUGUCUUGACUUGGUACAUUCUGACGUUUGCGGUCCGCUCGAAGUACAGUCCAUUGGUGGUUCGAGAUACUUCAUUACAUUUGUAGAUGAUCACUCCAACUGGGUAGUUCACCAACUCACAACGGCGUACACCCCUGAACAAAACGGUGUUGCUGAACGUUUAAAUCGAACUUUGAUUGAUCUCGUCCACUCAAUGCUUUCUCAUAAACAGGUCAAGCUCCGUAAGCUGGACUUGCGAGCGCGUGAAGCGAUGUUUCUUGGGUACUCGCAAUGCAGUAAGGCAUACAAACUUUGGGACGGAGAGUUGAAUAAAAUUGUUGUGUCACGGGAUGUCAAGUUUGAUGAAUCGACAUGUGGUAUACAUGACAUUCCUGCACACGAAAGUGAUUCCAUCAACUCUGAUGUUGACGUUGUACUGCUCGAUGGCGACAAUGGGAAUGAAGCCGAUACCCCAAAUACGAAUGAGGUCGCUGUGCGAAGAUCGUCUCGAGUCAGCAGACCUCCCGGAUCAUGGUGGAGGAGCAACUUUGCAGCUGCUCUUCUUUCACAUGCGCAUGUCGCUAUUGAAGGUCGCAACACUUUCAAACAGGCAACCAACGGUCCUAGAGCUGCAUUUUGGCAGACCGGCAUUGACAAAGAACUUGCCUCGCAGACCAAGAAUCGGACUUGGAAACUUGUUCCUCCAUCUGAGGUGUCAAACAUCUUGACAUCUCGAUGGGUUUUCAAUGUCAAGCAACUGCCUGAUGCAAAUGGCAAUAUAGUUGAAAGUGCAAAAGCCAGACUUGUUGCUCGUGGAUUCCAGCAAGUGCAAGGUCUUGACUAUACUGAGACAUAUGCCCCUGUCAUAAAGUUUACCACUAUUCGUCUACUUCUUGCUUUAGUUGCUCAUUAUGAUCUCGAACUUCAUCAGAUGGAUGUCGUCACUGCGUUUUUGAACGGCGACUUGGAUGAAGACAUCUACAUGGAGCAACCCGAAGGGUGCAUUGACAAAAGCAAAAGUGAUCACGUGUGCAAACUUUUGAAAGCACUUUACGAUCUUAAACAAGCACAUCGUCAAUGGCAUGCCAAAGUGAAUGAUUUCUUAAUUGGUGAAUUGGGAUUCGAGACUUCGCGUAGUGAUCCUUGUCUCUUCAUUAAACGCAUCGGUAACACUAUCAUGCUGAUUGCACUUUAUGUCGAUGACUUGUUACUCGCCGGUAGUGAUAUCGAUGCUAUCAAAUGGAUGAAGGGGGAGCUUAAUAAACGGUUUGAGAUGAAAGACCUUGGUAAAGCAAAAGUCUGCAUUGGUCUUGAAAUUGAAAGGGAUCGCAGCGCCAAGACUUUGAGUCUCACUCAAACUAAGUAUGCAUCAAAUGUGCUUGACCGUUUUAAAAUGUCGACUUUGGGAUCCCUGAUGUACUUGAUGGUUGGCACUCGUCCAGACUUGGCAUAUGCGAUUGGAAAGCUUUCUCAACAUUCUGCCAACCCAUGUGAGUCACACUGGGCAAGUGUGAAACGGGUAAUGCGAUACGUGCAAGGGACUCGAAACUUAGGAAUCGUGUUUGACAAUAAAUCCAAAUCGCCGGAGUUGCUUGCGAUCAGUUGGAGUUCCCGGAAACAGACUGUGGUUGCAACUUCGACGUGUGAAGCUGAGUACAUUGCACUAUGUGAAGCGUGUAAGGAGGCGACUUGGUUGCGUCAAGUGGUUGCUGAUGUUCUUGGACUUGAUUCUGAUCCCACCAUUAUGAUGGGGUGUGACAAUGCAGGGACUAUUUCGUAUGCAGAGAAUGAAUCGGUCAACCGUCGUAACAAACAUGUUGAUGUGAAAUACCACUAUGUACGAGAUGCAAUUAAGAGAAACGUCAUUUCUUUGUCGCAUUGCCCGACCACUUCCAUGCCUGCAGAUAUCCUGACGAAAGCACUUGGGCGAGUUCUGUUCCAGAAGUUUGUAGAACUUCUAGGGCUUGCAGUAGCUACUUCUGAUAAAAGCAUGUGA